UCCGUGCGUCUGUGCGCUCUGCUCCGGUCCAGGGGCGGACCCGGUCUCCCUUUCUCAUCUACUUCUGCUUUCUUUCCACUUCGUUCAGGCGGCUCCGACCUGUGCACAGUCCGUCAUGUUCGGUGCGUGUUUUCUGUUUGCGUGAAAAGUCCGAAAAGCGGCGGAGAUGUCUGGGAACGUCAGCUGCGCGGACAUCGACAUCAGCUUUACGCACGCCUUCCUGCCGCCGGUGUUCGCCGCCGUGUUCGUGGUGGGGACCGCGGCCAACGCCUGGGGUCUGACGAGCGUGUGCCGCAGCUGGAGGAGCAUCGGCAGCAUCAACGUGUUCAUGCUGAACCUGGGGGUGGCGGACCUGCUCUACCUGUCCACGCUGCCCUUCCUCUUCUACUACUACUCCCACGGCAGCCGCUGGACCUUUGGACAGACCUUCUGCAAAGUGACCCGGUUCUGCUUCAACCUGAACCUGUACGGCAGCAUCGGCUUCCUCACAUGCAUCAGUGUCUACAGGUACUUGGGCAUCGUGCACCCCAUGAGGGUGAUGGGGAGGAUCCACACCGGACACUCUACGGCCCUGGCCGUGCUGGUCUGGGUCCUGGUUUUCAUCCAGAUCCUGCCUGAUAUGUUCUUCGAUAAGAACGACGAAACCAACCCGAACAAAACCGAGGCCUGUUUCGACACCACCUCAGACCGGCAGGUGGACCGGUACCAGCCCUACAGCCUGGGCUGGGCCGUAACGGGCUUCGCCGUGCCCCUGGUCGUCAUCUUGGCCUGUUAUGGUCACGUGGUCUACGUCCUGGCCACCAAGGCCAACAUCAACCCCCUGCUGAAACAGCGCUGUCUGAAGCUGGUGGUCAUCCUGGUCAUCCUCUUCUCAGUCUGCUUCAUCCCAUACCACGUGUUCCGGAACAUCAACCUGGAGACCCGGAUCCUGAAGCAGGAGGGGGUCUGCUACCCCAGCUUCCGGGGGGUCUACAUCGCCCACCAGGUGGGCCGGUGCUUGGCCUGUCUGAACAGCGCCUUAAACCCACUCAUCUACAUUGUUGGAAAUGACGAGUUCCUCAUGAAGCUGCACCAUAUAGGCCAGCGGGUCCGGGUCUCGGUGGUGUCUUGGAGGGACGCGGUCCAGUACCGUAAACCCCCACUGGUGGAUGAGUCCCCGAGGAGGAUUCCAGCCAACUCCAAAGACACCAAAGACGACAACCGGACCAGGGAUCGGCCCUAAACCCUAUCACUAUCAUGACAUCAGAUCAUACAGUAUUAUAAACUCAGUUUUAAAUCUAUAAUUUUCCUUUCAUCAGCGAUUAUCACGAUACUGAUCUUUAUCACAAUAUAAAUGUUGUAUUUUGUUUGAUUCACAGUUGAAGAAAGCAAAAUGUUUUUGUCUUAAAGAUUUAAAUGUUCAUUCACUUUGAAAAUCUGUAAAGACUUUUUUUCUUGUUGCAUCUUUUCCAAUGUUUUUACUUCAUUUUUGUCUUUUCAUCUUUUUCUGUUUUCUUCAUGUUGCGUCUUUUCCAUCGCUUUCAUGUCGUCAGUUUUUAAAACUGAAUCGUAAAAUUACAACAUUUUGGUCUCAUUUGGUUAAUUAUGUUUUGUUUUUGUUUUUUUUAACUAAUUCAAAGUCAGACACUGGUUGAAGUGAUUGAUCGCUGAUAUGAACAUUGUUAUUUAACUGCAUUGGUGAGAUCUGACAGACACUCUUAGGCCAGACCAAAGCGUCUACCCAUCAUACAUUGCGGCAGCAGGUGGAAAAAAAAAAGGCCAAGUAGCAGGAUGUGAUUGUCCUUCUGUCCCGGCGUCAUCAGUUUAAGAUGAUGAGAAUCUACUGUUUGAUUGAACUUUACUGAUUGAAGGAAACUGUGAUAUGAACUGGUUUCAACAGGUGAAGAUCAUGAUGUUAUUGAAACUAUUGGUUAAUGGAACCCAGAUCUUUCGACCCACAAAGGGAUGCACCAAAAAAACUGACUUUAUGGUAUUUGUGUCGAACUGGUAGUUGGCCAUUUUAAUUUAGUGGCGUCCACAUUAACUCAAUUUAAGUCACUUUAUCAUAAUAUUGUUUAAAGACCUGUACAAUACACUGUAAAACUGUGUUCUAUUAUCACACUGUGUAUAUUUUUGUAUAUUCAUAAAUGUAACCUUAUUAUUUUUUCAUUGAGUUUGUUCUGAAACUUUUUGUAAAUAAUCCCACUUCCUCAUCUCUAUGCAUGUAUUUAUCUGUUACAUCAACUCCCACUCAGUAGUAUUUGUACAAAAGCAGAAGGACGUCAGUUUCACAUGUCUGACGGUCUGAUGUGAAAGUCUGCUUCAGCUCGUAUGGUGGAUGGAGGAUGUCAACACUGACACAUUUUUAUGGAUGAAUAUAUCAGUUAUGAAGUCACUCUGUGAAUGUGAGUAAAGAGCAGCAACUGAAAGUGAA